ACUCAUCUAGCAAGUGAGUCCUUGAUUGCUAGCUAUGCUUAAAGAGAAGGACAGUGCUUUGCAAACCCUGUCACCUCUUAUAGUCGUCUGAAAUCAAUCAUGGUCAAUCCCAGCGUGCUCUUCAAUAUUGCCGCUGACGGUGAGCCCUUGGGCCGCGUCUCCUUCGAGCUGUUUGGAGACAAAGUUCCAAAGACAGCAGAAAACGUCCGUGCUCUGAGCACUGGAGAAAAAGUAUUUGGUUAUAAGGGUUCCUGCUUUCACAGAAUUAUUCCAGGGUUUAUGUACCAGGGUGGUGACUUCACAUGCCAUAAUGGCACUGGUGGCAAGUCUAUCUACAGGGAGAAAUUUGAAGAUGAAAACUUUGUCCUGAAGCAUAUAGGUCCUGGCAUCUUGUCCAUGGCAAAUGCUGGACCCAACAUGAAUGGUUCCCAGUUUUUCAUCUGCACUACCAAGACUGAGUGGUUGGAUGGCAAGCAUGUGGUCUUUGGCAAGGUGAAAGUAGGCAUGAAUAUUGUGGAAGCCAGGGAGCGCUUUGGGUCCAAGAAUGGCAAGACCAGCAAGAAGAUCACCAUUACUGACUGUGGACAGCUGUAAUAAAUUGGACUUAAUGUUUCAACCACCAAACCAUUCCUUCUGUAGCUCAGGAGAGGACCCCUCUACCCUGUUUGCUCGUAAUAUCCCUGGUCUCACUACAGUUCUUUGGGUUGCAUAUUUUCCUUAAUCCUCUCCAUGUCUAACUGGAAUGCAGAGUUAAGUUUAUGAUUAUGAAAUAAAAACUAAAUAAUAAUAAAAAAAAAGAGUAGGACAGAUGGAGCUCCUUAGCCCUGUUCCACCCUGUGGACACCUUAUUCCUGCCAUAGCCUUAUUUCCAUGUCUCCUGGAGAAGCCUUAUUCAUGGCUGCCUCUCUGUUUCCAUUUUUGGAGGGACCCAUGGAAAUAGCCCAUCACAGACUACAAGUGCUGGGAGCAGGAGGCAUCUCUCACUUCCCAGACUCUUCCUGAGUAUUCUCCCUUAGAAGGUCCAUGGCAUUCCUGCCUUCCUACAUCAGGGAACCAGGCCAGCUUCCUCAGCACCAGGGCAGGAGUCUACCCUUCCUUCUAGGGCGCAUAUGUCUUUGUGAUGUGUGAAGUGCUAAAGGUUAAGACACUAAAUGUAAAACUAGGUGUAAUUGAAAGGUGAAGCCAAUUUUAUUUGUCCCCAGUUGUUUUAGGAGCUUUCUAAUAAAGAUGAGUAACAAGUCCUCCAAAAAAAAUAUUAUGAUACAGGCAUUGAACAUGUCAAUGCGUAUGGUGUCCCCUGCCCUCUGUGCCAACCAAACCAGUACAGUAUUUG